UUAUUCGACUGGACUUUGCCUUAAAAGUAUGCUUUUUAGAAAACAAAAUCCCAUGUGAUUUGUAGUCCAGUCUAAGUGUAAGAUACAACAAAAAUCAACCAAAACAAAUGCAGAAGUGAAAUUGAAAUAUCUGAACUUGAAACUUUGAAAUUAUGAUAAACUUUCAAAGUAAUCAUAUCAUUCAAAAUAGUAAAUAUGCGAAAGCAAAAAAAAACUUAAAUAACCUUAAAGAUGAACAUAUAAUUUUAGAAAACCUACAAAAAAAAUAAAAAAAUUUGAAACCUAAUAGGUGUUGAAAAUACUACGUAAAAGAAAACCAAACUAUAAACUCUUAACUUCAAAAAUAAAUAUUAAUAUUUAACAAGUAGCUGAAUCAAUAGCAGACAUUUUAAAUGUCAAAGCAAACUUCAAUUAGAAUUGCAAUAAAAAAACCACACAAAUAUAAAUAAAACCUUGCUGCUAUUAAAAUUGAAAUCAAAUGCCUAAAUAAAUAAUAGAAGAAAUUCCAAUCAACACGCAGUAGCUAAAUAAAUAUGAAGUGCGUGCAAACCUAGGAUAAACAAUGGCGUCCAAUAGUAUCUAAAAAAAUAUAUAUAUAUAUAUAUAGAAAACGUAGGAAGCAAAAUAACAACACAAGUGAAAGUAAACUUUGAUAAAUAUUAAAAUUGAGUUAAAUCAUAACAAAAGCAGUGGAACUACAAGCACAAUGUCUAUGGCAUUAUGCAAUUUAAAUGGUGACGGCUCUGCGGCGCAGUCGACGUCUCAGUCGCAGUCGCAGUCGCCGGCCGCAACCGCUGCAGCAGCUCCGUUGCUGCCUCACUCGCACUCGCACACGCUACAGCCGGAGAGUACGCCGCUGCUUUUGGGACACGAGCAGAGCGGCAGCGCUGCGCCAGAGGGCAGCGGCGGCGGUGACGUCACAGACGGAGCGGUAACAUCCAUUGAAAUGCCCACUGUUGUUGCCGACGAUGCCGGUGUACCGCCGCUGCCGCUGCCUCUGCCGCAGUCGACGCCGCAGCCGCUGCUUAUGGCACUGCCCGCCAAUUUAAACUUCAUUACGGGACCCACGACUCAGCAACUGAUGAUCGGUAAUGGCGCCAUGGGCGUAAUUCCCUCGACCAAUGAUAGCAACAAUAACAAUAACAACAACAACAAUGUGGACAAUACUAGCGACGAAUCGAACCCGGUCACCAUUUACAGGUGCCGGGCUCCCAUUGCGUCACUCGACUGUAUGGAGGAGUUCAGUGGUCGUUCGAUCAGUUUGGGCUCCAAUCCGGCGCUACCAUUGCGCCAUGGAUCCACACCAACGCCGGGACUGCGGUACAAGAAUCUGGGCAAAAGCGGGUUGCGUAUCUCGAAUGUGGGAUUGGGUACCUGGCCGGUAUUUUCGCCGGGCGUGAGCGAUGACCAGGCGGAGGCAAUCCUUAAGCUGGCCAUCGAGAGCGGUAUCAAUCUGUUCGACAUCUCGGAGGCGCACUCGGAGACGGAGAUCGGCAAGAUACUGCAGCGGGCGGGCUGGAAGAGGACCGCCUAUGUCAUCACCACGAAGGUCUACUGGAGCACCAAGUCGGAGGAACGUGGUCUCUCCCGGAAACACAUCAUCGAAUGUGUUCGUGCCAGUUUGCAGCGAUUGCAGCUGCAGUACAUCGAUAUCGUCAUCAUCCACAAGGCGGAUCCCAUGUGUCCCAUGGAGGUGGUGCGCGCCAUGAGCUACGUGAUACAGCAGGGCUGGGCAAUGUAUUGGGGCACCGCUCGAUGGAGCCAGGUGGAGAUCAUGGAGGCCUAUACCAACUGCCGCCAGUUCAACUGCAUCACGCCCAUUGUGGAGCAGUCCGAGUACCAUAUGUUCUGUCGCGAAAAGUGCGAACUCUACCUGCCGGAGAUGUACAACAAGAUCGGAGUGGGCCUCAUGGCCUGGGGUCCACUCUCGAUGGCCCUCAGCGACACCCAGAAUGGGGACAAGCUUUUCCUGCCCAAGGGCUCCUUCAAGACGAAGAGCUUCUCGUGGACCGAGGACGAGAUCAAUCGUAAUGCCGCUCUGUCGCCGCAGGGCAGUUGGGGUAAGGACCGGAUCGAUGAGGGGCGCCGCCACUGCGACCGUCUCCGCGACCUUGCCGCCCUCGCCGAGAAGCUGGGCUGCAGCCCCACCCAGCUGUCCAUCGCCUGGUCGCUGAAACAUGAGCCAGUGCAAUGCCUGCUGCUGGGCGCCACAUCGGCGGAGCAGCUGCACCAAAGUCUGCAGUCGUUGCAGCUGCUGCCACGACUCUCAUCGAGCGUUAUGCUGGAGCUGGAAAGGAUAUUGGAAAACAAGCCGGUGCGGCCGCCGAUGAUCUCGACCUUGGCGCUCCGGUGACAAUCAGCGUGCCCGCAGGGGCCGCUCAGCCUGAGCGGUGGCGGACCCUGCGGCGCCGAUUCGCCCAAGCACGAGGAUGAGGCCUUCAUCGAGGAGGUGGACGCUGCCAAGGACGCUGCCAAGCAAGGCUUCUGCCUCAUCCAGUGACAAAAGGAGUCCUUAGAUAACGAUAAUAAAUUUUUGAAAGUGAUUAGCAGUAAAACUAGCCUAAGUAGCAAUACCAUGACGACAACAAUAAGCAAGCAGGAGCAGCAACAGCAGCAGCAGCAGCAACAACAGCAGCAACAUCUCCAGCCUCAGCAGUAUGUGCAACUACAGCAGCAACAUUUGAUGGCCAGCGGCAGCACCAGCGAUUCGGCGGCAGCUGUUCCCAUUGCAGCUGAACUCCAGUUCGACUCCCUGAAUAACAAUAACAACAACAACAAUAAUAAUACCAAUGGCAGUCCGGAACAGGCACUGCCCACCAGCGAUGAACGCCAAAAACGUCGCUCCCUGCUCAACUUUAAGUCCCUGGACUUUCAUCUAAAGUCCCUGUACAGUGGCCUACGGAGUAACUCAGGAACAACUCCACCCAGUCAACCGAAUAGCUCUGUUCCGGCGGUGGAUCAGCCGCAGCGUAGAAUGCCCUAUUUGCGGGUGGAGAGUGUUGAUCCCGAGGAGCCAAGAGGAUCAGUUCUGCCCGGACAUUCGCCCAGCUUUCUGUCACCCUACAGUGGCGUUGGCGGUGGAGCCGGAAGCCUGCAGUUGCCCUCAAACGAUGGAGGCACCAUCAGGAGAUCCUCAACAUCCGACAUUGUUAAUUGCAGACGGGGAGGGGGAGCAGGGGGAUCGGGCGGAGGAGCAGCCUCUGCCCAGGACAGCAGGAGGCCGAGCACAUCGGAUUUGCUCAGAAAGGCAAGGGAACGAAAGGGCAGUGAGGCCAGGAUGGGCAGAAGUGUCUCCCACAGUGGGCUAACCAGGGGCGGACCCGGCGGAGGAGGUGGUGGCCUGGGCGGGAGACGAACCAGCAUGGCCUUCUAAAAACAGAAAUAAUAGUGAAAAAAAAAAAAACUAUGGAAAAAAAAACUUAAGCAAUGAGGUAUGGCGAAAAAAAAAACUGUUGAUCAAAUCUGAAUCAGAAAUAGGCUGACAAAAUGGCGCUUAUGAAUUUUUAUCUAGUGAAAAGAAAAUUAAAAAAAAAAGAAAACAAGAAAAAAAUAACAAUAAUAGAGCAGCUAUUAAGGAACGACUUUUUUUGUGGAUCUAUUAUCAUUAUAAUUAUAUUAUAUGGUUACUACAAUUGCGCCUCGAAAGAACUAAAGUUAGUAGAUAAAUUAAAGCAAGUAAUGAACAGAAACAUAACAUUUCAUCUCUCUUAAACUCUGUAUCUCUCUCUCUCUCCCCCACUCCCGGCAAAUUUAUAAUAUAUAUAUAUAUAUAAAUAUAUAUUUAAAGAACCCCCAACUUUUAUGACAAUAUUAGAACCUAACUAUCGUGUACUAUCGUUAACUAUCGCCUGGCAAAAGCUCUAAAACUAACCUGCGUUCCAACCCAAAAAACCAACAAUGAUUCAAGAUCGAUCCAUUAUAUCACCGCACUGUGAGAGUUCAUAUCAAGCGAGAAGGAUAAUGUAUGGAGGAUAAACGAUGAAGGAUACCCAAAUAUGUACUAUCCUAUGGGAUAGUGUCUUUUUCAUUAAUCGAUUUGUAGACUUAACGAGUGUUAAACGAUUGUUAACGAUUGACUUGAGGCGAGGCGCUGAAUAAAAUGAUCGAAGCGAAUAGCGACUAAAGAUUACUACAUAUAUACGAAACAGCAAUGGUGUGCUCGUUGUAUGAUUAAAUUUUAGCUAAACUAAUGAACAAAUAAAUGAGUAUAAAUAAAAACUCAAAUGGAAAACAAAGAAACAAUUCAAAUCAAAUCUUAUUAAAUAGACAUUACUAGCAUUAUGUAGUUAAUUAAAUAACAAUUCAAGCGAAAUUUUUUUAAAUCAACAAACGAAAAACAAAGCAAAUGCCUUUCAUAACAGCAACAACAACAACAACAAAUUUAUAUUUUAAAUAUAUGCAGUAUAUAUAUAGAUAUACACAAACACACACACAUACAUAUGUGAAAAUAACGAAAGCGAUGAAAUAAAACAAAGCAGCAACAAAUUGUUAUUAAUUAAUUGUAGUCCAUUAUCCCGAUGGCCCAUAUCCCAUAUUUCAUAUAAGUGAACAAAACAAAAAAAAACACCAAUAUAGCAAUAUGUAGGAUAUACAUAUAGAGGAGUUCCCGAAUACCAUGUAUUUUAUCAUCAUUAUCGAGUACAUAUAUAAAGUCUUUCUCACAUACGGACUGUGAUUUCAUAUAAAAGUAAACGUAAAAGUAAACAAUUAAUUAUUAUAUCUAACCUAAUGUAAUUAAAUGCUAAGUUCAUUCGAAAGAUCUUACAGAUACACACACACACACACACACACACACACACACACACACACAUUGCCCCCAAAAACACGCAUGUAAUUUGAGGAUCUGUUUAAGAAAGCAGAAGCAUAAAUAGCAAUUUUCAAAUCGAAUGGCAUUAUAUACUACUGAUACUCUACAAUUAAUUAACCAAAUGCGAUUGCCUUAAUAAAGAAUAAUGAAUUAAAAACAUUGGAUCUAAUCAGAUCGUAUCGGAUCAGAUCGGAUAUAACCCAGUCGGGGGGCCGGUUUCCUCAAACUUCAGUUCCAGAUCGGAAUACAUUAUAUAUACACGCAUCCAUUCGCAUAUAUAUUCCCCGCACUGUUGCUUGAGAAAUCGCCCCGCGCAAAGAAAUACAAUAUAUGUAUACAUACAUAAAUUGGUUUAGCUCCAUCGGAUCACUCAGAAUAAAUAUAUAUACAUAUAUAUAUAUAUAUAUAUAGGGAAUACUUAUAUAUACGAGAGUAAUUGCAUUUUUUAGUAAGUAGUUAAUCCGUCCUCAACAAACGGCCAACCAAAAAAGCAACAAGUUUUUGCGAUCGGGCGCUGCUCAGUUGAUAACCCAUAGCAAAAUUUCCAAAAUAUUGAAUAUUUAAAUUCAGACAAAUUCGAAAAUAUUUGAAACUUUAACUUUAGAUCAUUUUCGAGCUUUUCAAUUGCAGAGCAUUGUAAAGAUUAGAGUUUGUUAUUUGGAGGUUGUGAUAUUAAUUGAAAAAUUGCUGAAAAAAUCAAAUACAUAUCUGCAAAUGGGCGAAUUAUGUUACUUUGAUACAUUUUUAUGUGUUGAGCUCACUAAAGUUCAAACUAAGCGUUAUUGAGCAAUAUCCUUAGCAAUAUUAGCCAUUAGGUUGAGCAAUUAACUUGAUUUCUUACUGCAUAUUUAGUUAUAUAGCUACAAGUUAAUUAUGUAUAAACAUAACUAGAAUGUGUAUUUCGCUUUGUAAGGCUUAAAGAGUAGUUUAUACCUUUAAAGCUUCUGCUUAAUUUAAAUUGAAAGUCACUAUGCUGAACGGGUAAUCAAUUAAAAAAGCAGCGCCUGUCGAUAGAUCCAAUCAUCAAUUGUGGCCAAGCCCCCUAAAAAGUAAUACAAACAAAAAAAAAAAAAAACAGCCACGUCGUGUGAACCGGAAAGCAAUAAUUCAAAAUGCUGCUGAAAAACAGUUCGACUAACAAAUUGAUGUACAUAUGAUCACAAGCAAAGUAAAGAAGAAGCACAUACACGCAGUUGCAUUAUGAGAUUAAUUUUAGUCUGUUGUUAUCGCAAUUAUUAUCACGAUUAUUAUGAUUACGAUUAUUAUUAACACGUAGCUAGUUAAAUCGAAUGAGAAUCAGCAAUUUAUCUGCCUAAGCCUGAAAGUAACCACAAUUACACUCACACCCACACUCAUUACACACACACACACGCACACACACACUCCCUUACAAAUACACUGACAAAAAGAUGAAAAAAAAAAGCAACUGCUAAUGCAGCAAACAAAAGCAAAAAUGUAACGGAAAGUAUUAAGAAGCGGGGAAGUGUAGCGUUUAAAUCUAGAAAACAAAAUUUUACUUUACAUCAAAACAGAAAUAUUUAUAACAAUUGCAAUAACUAACAAAAUGAGAGGCGAUAAAAUGGAAGCAUAUAUAUAAUAAUAUAUCUUAAAAUUAUUUUCUUAUCGAAACUGGCAAUAAUAAAUAUUAAUAUAAAUUUAAACAACUAAAUAAUUAAACUAUACACGCGCGAGAACUUUGUAAGUUAACUUUGCAUAGAUGACACAUUUUGGAUCGAAUUACACUGAAUGAAAGGCUCGCACACACGCCAAGCGUUUACACACACACACACACACCAACACACACACUCGAAGACAGACAGUCGCGCAGGAAGUUCGAUCAUCAUUUACCGUUAAUGCACCAGUGUACACACACCUACACACAAGAAAUCAGCUUUACUUUAGAUUUUCGAUAAUUAAUUGCAGGGUUGUCGCCUAGGGUUGCUUAGAAAUCGAUGGGAGAAUCCAAUUCAGACGCUUGCAUAUAGGCGUAGAUAAGAAAAUAUAUAUACAAAGUACAUACAUAAACAAGCAAUAUCGCAAUAGCGCUCGUAUUAUUUCGCUAAGUUACUAGAAAACCGAAUAAUAAUAAAACAGACAAACCUCUUUGAUUACCGUACGUAUAAAAUGCAAGAAAUGCAAUUUGAGGGCAAAUUGUUUACACUUCACUUUUAAAGCCACAUUUAAUACUAAUAUUUCGAAAAAAGCUAAUUAAAAUAGGUUAUAACAAUAACGAACAACAACAACAACAAGAACAAGUGGAUGAACAACAACAAGAACAAACAAUGAACAGCAAAAAAACAACACAGCUAAAAUACUGAAAAAUUAUAUAAAAAUACAAACUCUUAUCUUUCAACCAAAGAAAUCGGUGUUUUUCAUUACUUAACUCGCAUCUUACAGGUAUUUCUAGUGUCUGUUUUGAUUUCAACUUGAAAUUAACAAAGGUUUUGAGAAUAUUGAGUUCAAUACUCCAAAGCCCAUCCAUUUUGAAAAAAUUACAAAAUAACAUAUGUAUUCGAAAUAUGUACCACUCUGUCAUCACAUUGUGUCGGUAUGUAAAAAAGCCAUCGCCUGCGGAAUUUUGGUAAAAAAAACAUUUCAAUCGACACAUUUAAACAGAUAUGACAGAUAUCGUAAACCACAUUUUUGGAUUACAUAACCCGAUUUCGGACCACGCGGCACUGCCCAUUGAUUAGUUGGCGACUAUUUGCACACACCACGUCAAAUCGAACGCAUUAUGGUAAUUCCCCCCAAUUCCAUUCAGAUUCCGAUUCAGAGAGCCCCGGACUCUGGGAACCCGACACGAGAUGCUGUGACAUCCAGCGUAUAAACAACACUUCAAGUCCCACUGUGCACACAACAACAACAACAACAGAGAUGGGUGAUUACAAUACAAACGCUUCGAAAUGCACAGUGGAAUGUCAAAAGAUUGGUCAAAACUUUGGCGAAAUCAACAAUGGACAUAUAUAGCGAAAUAAUAUCAUUAUUUAUUAAUAUUUAAGUAAUAUAAAGUAUAUAAAUUCUUGGGAAUGUUUAAUGAUAACUUUAAUGAAACAUUUAACACCAAGCAUUUAAAAUUAUAGAUUCCGGCUAUUGCCCACAAGCAUUUGGGCCAUUAAAAAAAAUGUUCAAGCAAAUCGUCUCCACCAUGCAUCAUGCACUUAAUUACUCUUUUACUUUCGAUCAUAAUCUUGCACUUUUCGGACCCAAAACGAAGUAUGUAUUUGUAACCAACCAUCCAUUAGUCAGCUUAGUCUAUGGUCAAUUAAUUUCGUUGGAUCUGCAGAAGUUCAACUGUGUUAUGGUUACUUUUUUUUUGAACUGCAACUGAUAUUAAAAACGAAAACUAAAAAAAAACCGUGCUGGCAACGGGUCAUCGGCGAAUUGGGCGGUGGGAGGGCCGAGUGGGAAAGAGAUGGGCAAUGUGGGCUGCGCAUGCGCAAUAGCGCGCAUUAAAUAAUUUAUACAAAAAUGCACAGAAAAUUAACAAAUUUGAAAACGCUGUUGCAUGAUAUAAUAAUCCGGCUGCCUGGGAUUCCGAGAUGCCAAUCCAUGAGCACAGCCACUGGCCCUUCCCAGCCCAAAAUAUCUGUUGCAAUACAAGCAUGUAUACUGGGCGAAAAGUGGGUCAACAUUUCUAUGCUUU